AUGGAGCGUUGGCCUUGGCCGUCGGGCGGUGCUUGGCUGCUCGUAGCUGCCCGUGCGCUGCUGCAGCUACUGCGCGCAGACCUGCGUCUGGGCCGCCCGCUGUUGGCGGCGCUGGCGCUCUUGGCCGCGCUCGACUGGCUGUGCCAGCGCCUGCUGCCCCCGCUGGCUGCACUCGCCGUGCUGGCCGCUGCCGGCUGGAUCGCAUUGUCCUGCCUGGCGCGCCCGCCACGCCUGCCUGUGGCCACUCGCGCGGUGCUCAUCACCGGCUGUGACUCUGGUUUUGGCAAGGAGGCGGCCAAGAAGCUAGAUGCCAUGGGCUUCAAGGUGCUGGCCACUGUGUUGGACUUGGAUAGCCCCGGCGCCCUAGAGCUGCGUGCCUGCUGUUCCCCUCACCUAAGGCUGCUGCAGAUGGACCUGACCAAGCCAGGUGACAUUAGCCGUGCACUGGAGUUCACCAAGGCCCAUACCACCAGCACAGGCUUGUGGGGCCUGGUCAACAAUGCAGGCCUCAAUGCUAUAGUGGCCGAUGCGGAGCUGUCUCCACUGGCCACGUUCCGCAACUGCAUGGAGGUGAACUUCUUUGGCACACUGCAGCUCACCAAGGGCCUCUUGCCACUUUUGCGCCGUUCCAGGGGUCGUAUUGUGACCCUGGGCAGCCCGGCAGGAGACAUGCCGUAUCCAUGCUUGGGGGCCUAUGGGACUUCCAAAGCGGCUGUGGUGCUGCUCAUGGACACAUUCAACUGUGAACUUCUGCCCUGGGGGGUCAAGGUCAGCGUCAUCCAGCCUGGCUGCUUCAAGACAGAGUCAGUGAAAAAUGUGAGCAACUGGGAGCGGCGCAAACGGCUGCUGCUGAGCAGCCUGCCCCAAGAGCUGCUGCAGGCCUAUGGCGAGGACUACAUCGAGCAUGCGCACGGGCAGUUCCUGAAUUCACUGAGCCUGGCACUGCCUGACCUCAGCCCGGUUGUAGAUGCCAUCAUCGAUGCGCUGCUGGCAGCUCAGCCGCAAAGCCGCUAUUACCCGGGCCGUGGCGUGGGACUCAUGUACUUCAUCCACUACUACCUGCCCGAGGGCUGCGGCGCCGCUUCCUGCAAGCCUUCUUCAUCAGCCCCUGCCUGCCAAGUGCACUGCGGCCUGGCAAGCCUGGCUCUACCCCCACCCAGGAUGCUGCCCAAGUCCCAGACCCAAACCCAGGCCCUUCCCCCACGGUGGCCCAAUGAGCAGUGUGCAUCUCUGGUCUCGGCUAUUCCAGCAGAGGAUGUCCCAUGAGCCCUGGGGCCUCCCCUGGGCAUUGUGACCUGAGUCUGUCCUAGAGCCUGGCCUAAAGGACCCUAGCCUCACCCACUGCUGAUACCCCAGGUCAGGCCUGGUGAGGCUAAGGCCUCUCUACUGCUUCAUGAGCCCAAACGGGGGCACACGGCUCACCCUGCAGCUUGGAGAACCCAGCUGGAUGGGGAGUUCAGUGCAAGACGUAGCUGUAGCCUUUGACAGGUUCCCAUAGUCAGUGCCUCUGCAAACUAAGUGACAGGGUAGGUUGGGGACCCCCUCAGGUUAUUUCUCAGCACUACUGCCUCAGUGCUGCGAUUCAAAGGGUAAAUCCCAACUGUUUCUUGACUGGCUCAAGAAUUAGGGCCCUGACCACCCACCCCAAGCCCCCAAGACACAGGGAGGCUGCACACCCUACUUGCCUGAUUGCCAUUUUUAAAUAA